AGACAGUCAACGCCCAGCGCCAACCGCCCAGCAUGUCUCUCGUCACCGGAGAGAAGUCGAACUUCCAGUUCAUCCUGCGUCUCCUCAACACCAACGUCGAUGGAAAGGAGAAGGUCAUGUACGCCAUGACCAAGAUCAAGGGUGUCGGUCGUCGAUACUCCAACUUGGUCUGCAAGAAGGCCGAUGUCGAUCUUAACAAGCGCGCCGGCGAACUUACCUCCGAAGAACUCGAGCGCAUCGUCACCAUCCUCCAGAACCCAACCCAGUACAAGAUCCCAACCUGGUUCUUGAACAGACAGCGUGACAUUGUCGAUGGCAAGGAUGGCCAAGUGCUUGCCAACGGAGUUGACAGCAAGCUCCGUGAUGAUUUGGAGCGACUGAAGAAGAUUCGUGCCCACAGGGGUCUGCGUCACUACUGGGGUCUGCGUGUCCGUGGACAGCACUCCAAGACCACUGGCCGCCGCGGCAGAACCGUCGGUGUCAGCAAGAAGAAGGGAUAGUGGUUUUCGCCUCUGGGAUUUCUUUGUGGCGAUGAAUGGUGGGAAAAGGCGUCUAGUGCUACAACUACAACCACGACGAAAUUGGCGGGCUCGAUGGUGGCAUAUUACUACUGUCAUGAAGCCUGGGUCAGUGUUAUAGCGUACUCGAAGAGACAGAUGCGCAUGUAGCAACGCCAAUCCGAUCAUCACGUUCAGCGACGGGUUAAUGCUCUGUAUAUGAUUACGACCAAAGCAUAUUUUU